GCGCCGCUCGGUCCGCUGCCAUGGCCCCGGCGGCGCUGACGGCGGCGCUGCUGGGCGGCGGACUGCUCCUCGCCGCCUGGCGUUGGUUGCGGGCCGCGGCCCGCCCCGGAGCCGGAGCCGGGGCCUCCAUGAGGGGCAAGACGGUGAUCAUCACCGGGGCCAACAGCGGGCUGGGCCGGGCGGCGGCCACCGAGCUGCUGCGGAUGCAGGCCCGCGUCAUCAUGGGGUGCCGCGACCGCGCGAGGGCCGAGCGGGCGGCCCGCGAGAUCCGAGCCGAGCUGGGCGAGCGGGAGGCGGCCGAGGGAGGCGGCGGCGAGCUGGUGGUCCGCGAGCUGGACCUGGCCUCGCUGCGCUCCGUGCGCGCCUUCUGCCACCGCGUCCUCCAGGAAGAGCCAAGGCUGGAUGUCCUGAUAAAUAAUGCAGGGAUAUUCCAGUGUCCGUACAUGAAGACAGAGGAUGGCUUUGAGAUGCAAUUUGGUGUAAACCACUUGGGUCACUUCUUGCUCACCAACCUUCUUCUGGGCCUCCUCAAAAAUUCUGCUCCGAGCAGGAUUGUGGUAGUAUCCUCAAAGCUAUACAAGUAUGGAGAAAUCAACUUUGAAGACUUGAACAGUGAAAUAAAUUACAAUAAAAGCUUUUGUUACAGCCGGAGUAAACUGGCUAACAUACUAUUUGCAAGGGAGCUAGCCCGUCGUUUGGAAGGGACAGGAGUCACUGUCAAUUCACUUCAUCCGGGUAUUGUCAGAACAAAUUUAGGGAGACAUGUCAAUAUUCCGUUACUGGCAAAACCCCUAUUCAAUUUGGUGUCAUGGGCUUUCUUCAAAACACCUCUAGAAGGAGCCCAGACUUCUAUUUAUUUGGCCUCUUCUCCUGAUGUUGAAGGUGUGUCUGGGAAAUACUUUGGGGACUGCAAAGAGGAGGAACUUCUGCCCAAAGCCAUGGAUGACCUGGUUGCGAGAAAAUUGUGGGAUAUAAGUGAAGUGAUGGUUGGAUUAUUGAAAUAAGCGCUAGGGAUUAUCUGAUAAGAAAAAUGCAGAUAACUAUGCAAUACAUAUUUGGAACUAAUUCUCACAUUAAAUGUUGUGAGAACACAGAUCUACGCUUAUAAACGUUUGAUAGAGGAGUAAUUUAUGCUGGAAUUCUGUUUUAAAAUAAUCUUUAUUUAAUAAGCACAAGCAUUCGUGAAGAACCUGAAAUAGAGAAUGUAACUUCUGACUAAAUCUGUUCAGAAAGUCGUGUUCUAAAAUAAAAAUUAAACAAAACUGUGUUCUGCAGUAAAUGUUGCCUAUUUGUCAUGUUCUGCUACUUUUAGUCAUGCUGGACAGUGUAGGGUGUUGAUGGUGAAAUGCUCUUCCUGUGAUAUGGUUUUAAAAAUAGAACCUAAUACUAAGAUCUGUCUUUUUGAGCCAUCAUAGUGAAAUCUAGAGCACAGUUUUACUGGUAUCUUAUAAUGUAAUCAUUAGGCCUCAUGAGUGCCAUUCAAAGACUUGUCCACUGAAUGCUUCCAUGAACAAAACUGUUGAGCUGUGUACAGUUUAGCUAUGAAGUACGAAGUUACUUUUUGAGAAAAUUGUAACUGCUGUUCAAUGAAUACAUACACUUCAUUGUGCAAGCUCCAUUUCUGUUUUCAUAUAUGCUGAACUUGCUGUUUCUAGAUAUUCAGAUGCCUUGGGUUUCAUUAAAAACAUAGUUGACAUGUCUCAGUAGGACUUUGCAUGAGUUGAGUCCAUGCAAAGUUUUCAAGACUUCAAUCAGAUAAGACUGAAGAGAAUAUGCUUCUUCAUAUGUUUGGAUUGACUGCACUUGCAACUCAGUAGUGAGAUUAGGUAAGUCUGACUGAUACAGCUUAAUGAAUAUUCUUUAAUAAAAAUCUUAAAAAGAACUUAGCAUUCAUUCUUUCACUGUGGAAGAUACAACCAGUAGUCUGUGUACAUACCAGCCAUGUUUACAAGGUAGAAGACUCACCUGUUUUACUUUACGGAGUUUCUGCCACAUAGAGGUAGAAAUAAAAUAACUGUAUGUAUACAAACAAUUAAAUGGAUGUUAAGUGAA